AUGGUAGUCAUCUAUGGCCGAGUUCCUGCACACUCUGCUCUAAUCCGUUCUAUUCGACCUCACAUAAUCUCGCCUAGGCUAUCACUUGUACGGCCAAGGAACAUCUCAUCAUCAUGUCGCCAUCUAGCUCCCGCAUCAGCAUCUUCUCAAGAUGCUCUCCGAACACGAAACAUUGGCAUUAUAGCUCACAUCGAUGCCGGUAAAACGACCACCACUGAGCGCAUGCUAUACUAUAGUGGUCACACUCGACGAAUUGGAGACGUUGACGAAGGAUCAACCGUGACUGAUUUCCUCCCCGCCGAGCGAGCUAGAGGGAUCACCAUUCAAUCGGCGGCUAUUACUUUCGAGUGGCCUCCGGUUGGUGACAAACAAGCAGCCGAGAUCUCUCAGGAUUUCGACAUAGGGAGUGACACUCAACCAAGAUGUCAAUUUCCUCACAACAUCAAUCUAAUUGACACUCCGGGACAUGCCGACUUCACAUUUGAAGUGCGACGGUCCUUACGCAUCUUGGAUGGCGCAGUUUGUAUUCUCGAUGGAGUUGCUGGUGUUGAAGCACAGACAGAGCAAGUAUGGGCUCAGGCUGGGGAAUGGAAAAUCCCCCGCAUAGCGUACGUGAACAAGCUUGACCGCGACGGUGCUGCCUUUGGACGGACUGUACGCGAGAUAGGCUCGCGACUAUCUGGCUGGCCAGCGGUGUGUCAAAUACCCUGGUUCGAAGGUGGCAAGGGACGCUUCACAGGCGUAGGCGAUGUCAUCAACCUCGAGGGUCAUCUGUAUGAGCCGGGCGGGGAUGGAAAGGUCGUUCGACGUCUGCCACUAUCGGAGUUGGAACGUGAGUAUCCAGACCUUGCCACGGAAUUGCACCGAGCCAGGGUUGCUCUCGUUGAACUUCUGAGUGAACAUGAUGAUCAGCUUGUAGAAGCUUUCUUCGAGGCAGAAGAGGACCAUUUGAACGUCACUCCUGCCCAAAUCCUACAAAGUCUGCGUCGUCGUCUCCUCGCCGAAAAUUGCAGCAUCAUUCCAGUCUUUGCUGGAGCAAGUUUCCGCAACAUCGGAGUGCAACCGCUGCUGGACGCGAUCAGCAAUCUGUUACCGAGUCCAGUCGAACGCCCUGAUCCCGAAAUCAGUCUGGGCUCUAGCUACGGCGGUCUUUCUCAACUGAUCAAAGGUGACCUGUCACUGCAGAACGAUAACAGCACAAAAGCAAAAAGGAAGGGACCACCGUCGCCGCCGUCCGCGAUAGCGAACACUCUACAAGGCUGUGCAUUGGCAUUCAAAGUCGUAAACGACCCACGUAAGGGCGUCCUCGUCUACAUCCGAGUCUAUUCGGGGUCCAUUGACCGCAACGCACUCUUGUACAACACCAACCUGCAGAACUCCGAGCGAGCAACGACUUUAUUGCGAAUGUACGCAUCAGAAUCUGUGCCUGUCCAAACCCUGAGGGCUGGCGAGAUUGGGGUGAUUGCAGGUUCGAAAUAUGCUCGAACGGGCGACACACUCAUCUCUUACACGGGCAACAAAGCCACCCCUCCAGAGCCAUUGAACAAACUCCAGCUGAGACCCAUCAAGGUGCCCCCUCCAGUCUUCUUUGCUGCCAUUGAACCCAACAGUCUGAGGGAGGAGAAAGACAUGCACGAAAAGCUUGCGCUAUUACUGCGAGAAGAUCCCAGCUUGCAAGUCACCCAGGACGAAGAUACUGGUCAGACUCAAAUCAGCGGUAUGGGAGAACUACAUCUUGAGAUUGCUCAAGACAGGCUAGUCAACGAGCUCAAAGCCAAAGCCAAUAUGGGUAAGAUCGCCAUUGGAUAUCGCGAAACACUACCUCAGGCUUCGAAGUCAAUCACGAAAACACUGGAGGGAGAUCGCGCGGCUACGAAGGGCAAAGGAGGAUGCACAGCAGUCGUGCAGCCACUGCAGGACACUGAUGACAUUAGCAGUGGCGUGGGUGAUGAUGUCUUCAGCUACGAACAGGACGGAAAUCUUAUCGUAAUCGAGACGCCAACCCUGGACAGAAAAGGCCGGCCUAUCAAUUCGGACAAUGUGUCGUUGCCACCACAUCUCAAUCUUAGAGAAAUGCAGUCAGCAUAUGUUAAUGGCGCUCUCGCAGCUUUAAGCCGUGGGCCUUCCUACUCGUAUCCCAUGAGGGACACGAGAGUCACGCUGACUCUAGUACCUGAAGAGCAUAUCUUUGGCUCUGAGACGACAUACUCAUCGCUCACAUCUGCAGCUCGGCUUGCCACGAUAGCUGCAUUCAGAGAUGCGACCAAAUCGAGUCCCUGCUUUCUCAUGGAACCUGUCAUGAACGUCGAUAUCAGCGUUGAUGAAGCCAGCCUCGGCAGUGUGAUUCAGGACAUCUCGUCGAGUCGCGGAGGACAGAUUGUGUCUCUGGGAGAUCAUGAAGAAGAAAACUCCCGUGAAGGACAUGGUCCUCAAAAGAUCGAUGUGAGCAAGAUCUAUGCCCCCAAAGAUCCCUUUGAGUCCGGAUCCUCGAUAUCAGGAGAGCAGCACGAUCAGGUGAACAUUCAGAGGAGUGUGAAGGCGAAAGUGCCCCUGAAAGAGAUGGUAGGGUAUCUGAAGCACCUGCGGAGCAUGACUGGCGGUCGAGGCACUUUCGUCAUGAGCGUAGACCGGUUCGAGAGGAUAACAGGUCCUCGCGAAAAAGCACUGAUUGCAGAAUUACGUGGCGGUGCCAUAUGA